UCAUUGGUCAAGAAUAACGUGUCUCCGCGAAUCAAAUUACGCGUUAUCAUUUCCGGUUAUAUACAAAUCCAACAUGGAGAAAAGUGAGGACGAUUUAGAACUUGACUACCACAUAACAUUUCCUACCCCGACUUCAGGAGAUGUUUUCGAUGAUGACGAUGCGGACUUGUUGCACGAUUUCGUUAAUGUGACCGGGGAGAACGUUGAACCUGUUGUCAUUCUUAUCGGCUGGGCAGGUUGCAAGGACCAGUAUCUUGCAAAGUACAGCAAAAUAUACGAGCAAAAUAGGUGUAUAACUAUCCGUUACAUUCCACCUCAAGAAAUCACCUUCUUCAAGCCUCAUCUCCUCCACGGAAUAGGGAUUAGAGUACUGGAUUUGAUCAGUGACUUUAACUUGGAGGAGAGUCCUGUCUUCUUUCAUAUCUUCAGCAACAAUGGCGCUUUUGUCUACUCAGAAAUCUCCAGAAUUUUACACUCCGUAGAGGGCAGGAAAUACUCAAAGUUGAAAGUGAAGGGAUCUAUUGUCGACAGUGCACCAGGAAAACGCAGAAUUUUCAGAGCCGCCCAAGCCUUUGCAAUCUCUACUGGCAAUUCAGGUUUCAUGAAAAUUGCCUACUUUGUAGGCAUGGUGACAUAUUUAUUCUUCUUGAGGAUCUAUCUGUUUUUGUCAAGACUAUUCAAUAGAUCCAGUGGCAUCACCAUUAGCCCCUAUUCCGUAUUUGAGUUUAUAAAGGAGGACAAGGCGCGAUGGCCUCAGUUGUACUUGUACUCCCGUGCUGACAAGAUCAUUCCACACACAGAUGUUGAGGAGAUAGUCACAUACAGAAGGGACAAGCUCAAGCUACACAUCCAGUCUGAGUGCUGGGAGACACCAAAGCAUGUAUCAAUCCUCAGGGAGAACCCAGAGACGUAUGCUAACAAAUGCUGGAUGUUCAUUGGUGACUGUCUCAGAGAGGAUGGAGAAGAAGCAACAGGGGGUCAGACUCUGUAUACUCGCAUAUAAAAACUCCUGGAGUA